UGGCUCCCGUGUCUGUAUGAAGCCAGUGUACAUGGUGACAUGUGGCUGGGAUUAGGGAAUUUCACUGUGGAUUAAAAUCUUUCCAACGCCUCCAUGGCCACUUGCGAAAAGAAAGGAGUCUGAAGUUCCAGGAGAGAUCCAGUGAGCAGUCUGGGUCCAUGGUCUCAGGGAGCAGCUCCAGGAUGUUCCAGCUGCUCCAAGGUCACAUCCAGUCAGCUGGACACCGAAGUUGCAAAACACGCCUGGUCACCAAAGACGGGCGCUGCAACAUCGAGUUUGGCAACAUUGAAUACGGUAACCACUUCGCGUACCUGCUGGACCUCUGGACCACCUUCGUGGAGAUCCGCUGGCGCUUCGUUCUCCUCCUGUUUGUGGCUUCAUUCACAGGUAGCUGGUUUAUUUUCAGCCUUCUGUGGUACUGGAUCGCAAAGAGCAACGGGGAUCUGACUGGACAGAACCGUACAGAUGGACACGUCCAGUGUAUAGACAAUGUUAACGGCCUCACGACGGCGUUCCUCUACUCUUUAGAGACCCAAACCACAAUUGGGUAUGGCGGCAGGGCGCUGACUGGGCACUGUGCCGGCACGGUAGCUCUCAUUAUCAUCCAGUCUCUAAUCGGAGUCUUCAUCAACUGCUUCAUGUGUGGCGUCAUCUUGGCCAAGGUCUCCUUACCCAAAAAAAGGGCAAAGACUGUCACCUUCAGCAACACGGCUGUCAUCUGUUUGAAGAAAGGCAGCCUGUGCCUCCUGAUCAGAGUGGCCAACCUUCGAAAGACCCUAUUAAUCGGCAGCCAGAUCUACGGCAAGCUGCUUAGGACGACGACCACACCGGACGGAGAGACCAUCAUCCUGAACCAGGUGGACAUUGACUUUACGGUUGACGCUGGCAAGGAUAACUUGUUUUUUGUUUGCCCUCUGACCCUCUACCAUGUGAUUAACAGAUCGAGCCCAUUCUACGAGCUGUCAGCUGACACCCUCCCCCAGCAGGACUUUGAGUUGGUGGUCUUUUUGGAUGGGACAGCCGAGUCCACCAGCUCCUCCUGUCAAGUCCGAACCUCCUACAUCCCACAGGAGAUUCAGUGGGGAUACAGUUUUCUGCCCAUCAUUUCCCGCACCAAGACGGGAAAGUAUCGCGUCGACUUCUCAAACUUUUCCAAGAGCGUCCGGGUCACCACGCCGCACUGCGUCCACUGCUUCGAGACCGACGCAGACCACCGAAACCACAACGCCCACAACCAGCAGAAGAUCGGGAUCGACAACCUGGGGUUUCAGGUGAUUGACAUUCACGAUUUCGUGGACAUCACAAAAAUGUGAACGAGUAGGGAAGGGACUCGUUCUCAGACUGAAAGUAAAGCGUCGUGAAUCAGGAUGUUGGGCAUAAGGUGUGACAAGCAGCGUGUUCGUUACUUCCUUUUUAACCAGAGUUUCACUUUUAGAGUCUUAGACCUCACCGUGUAUACUGGCGAAAGAAAUACUCUGUCACUCUGCUUCUUCCAGUGAACACGUGAAUUACUGUCAACUCUUUUGGCCUUGAACGGCAAAAAAAAUACUCAAAGUUGUUAAACUGUCUGGAUAAAAAUUCAGACGUGAGCGAGGGCUAAGCUGCUCGUUUCAAUCGAAGCGCCGCGGGACUUGUGACUUUGUCUAGGUAAUGUGUGGAAGCUGGAGGAAGAGGGAUUGAAGUUUGGACGCGAAGAGAAAUGAAAGGGGUAAAAUACCGAUUGGCACAGUGGGUACUUCUUGAGGAGAUUAGGGCCUGAGCCUGUUAUAAUGAAAAACUGUGUGCCAUAAAGGCUGGGGGAGGACAAAAAAAAAAAAAAGUGGGACAGGCCUUUUAAGUUUUCUCAUUAAUCCUACUAAAACGCUAAUUCUAUGCUGUUUUUUGUCUUGUUGACACAUCUUGCGUGCCUUGAUAAUUAGGAAAACUGUGAACGUAGCUGCUAUGAUGCGAUGAUUUUUUAAUUGCGACCAGUCUACAAUUCGUAGAUCAUGCUGUGUAACACUGAAACUUGU